AUGCUGCGGCAGUGCGAGCGGCUGAUCGUUCAGCUCUCUGAGCAGGUGCUGGAGCAAGAGAAGGACAUUCGCUACCUGCGGACGGCACUGGACUCCAGUCGAAACCACCAGCGCCGACACCGACGACGGGGCGGGGAUGAGGCGCGCGAACGGGCAGCGGCCGUCAUCACGGCAGAGAGCUGCAGCGUAUCAACGGAGGGGCGCCGGCAUCACCGCCCACAUCGAAUCACAGCCAAACCACCCACACCGAUGAAAAAGACGCACGAAGACUCUCGACUGCGCCUCACUCUCCCAUCGCCGACGACGUCGCAGGUGUCCCCCAUCAACUGGUUCGAGGACGCGGGCGUCGACUUCACCACGGGGCCCUAUCCAGAGUCUACUGUCGUGGCACCGCAUAGCCCCCAGAGCAGCGCAGCAGGAAGUGCCGUACCCUCGCCGACGCACUCCGCCCGCAAGCCGAGCGGGCAGCACGGCACGGCGGCAGCCCUCUCUUUUCCGGCUAUCAUAUGCGGUGUUAGCAGCUGCAGCGAUAAGACCAACGGCGGCCUAACGCCCAGCGCUGUGUGCGAUGGUCCUCCCUCCGGCGAGACGGCAACUGCAGACGCACUUUGGGCAUCGUCGCUGCUGUCAGAGCAGGAGAGGAGCAGCAGUAACAGCUCCCUCGCCCGGCACCGUCGCAGCACUGCACAGCUCACGCGGAAUGCGCAGUUCGAGACCCCGCGAGUGAAGUUCGAUAACCAGGAUGCGAUGAGCUACCUGCUGGGCGUAUUUUCUAGUGUCAAGUCGACCCGUGAGGCCGAUGGUGGUGCAACAGCGGCGAUGGCGGAGGUCGGUGAAACGGCUCCCUGUGGAAGAGAAAAUCGCGGCUGUGCAGGCGCGCGCUCUCCAAGGGCGCCGCUGCAGCAGCAAGGCGAGCAUGUCGCGCGGCAACUCUUUCACCCCGAUCUUUUCGAUGAAGAUGAGGACAGCGAGAGUGGCAAUGAACACCCGAGUGGUGGCGUCCUGUCCGACCAUCACCGUCCUGCGGCAAGGCGACCUCUUUCACCGGCUCCGCGCGACAAGCGAGGCGGCGACAUCAACGGCAGCCCACCAACAAAUCACAAGACGGGCGGACCUUUCGAUAAGGAAGAUGCGCUCUUGCAGGAGCGGUACGCUUGCAUUGUCGCAUGCGCGUUAGCCGCUGAGUUCGCCACCUCCACCACACUAGUGGAGGAGGAUAAAGUAGAGAAGCAGCAGCAGCAGCAGCGAAGAUGCAAGACAGGGCCUCGCACGCCUACGGCAGCUCAGUGCCGCACCACGUCUCAGCACGAUCACAGUGCCAGUGCAGCGGUGUCGGAGCUACUGCGACUUUUCACUCUCGAGACCACCACGGGACAUCAGCCGGACACUGAUAGAAAGGGCUUGCAAGGACAGCAACUCCUUGGCACCACCACGUAG